AUGUCUUCUUCCUUUCUUGGCGGCUCUGCCUCCCGUCUCCUGCUUAUCUCGGGCGUCGCAGUGGGCACUGCGGCUCUCUGCUACUUUCUGCUGCGCCCGUCGCGACCUCGGCGCCGCGGCGGCAAGCCGGGUGUCGCUGGACAUGGGACACAGCGAGACGCCGAAGAAGAUGUCGUCUUCAGCGACACACUCUUCGUGUACUUUGGCAGCCAGUCCGGCACUGCCGAGGCAUUUGGCGAGGAGCUCGCCAGCGCCGUCACUGAGGAGGUCGAGGGGAUCAAGCGUGUUGAGGUGAUUGACCUCGAGGACUUCGACCCCGACGCGUUUCUCGCGCAGAGAUACAAAGUGCUCGUUGUUGCCACCUACGGCGAGGGCGAGCCCACCGACAACGCACGCGUCUUCUUUGACUGGCUGAAGGCGUACUCGAAGAGCGUUCGCGGGUCCACGGCGGUGCCGAGGAUGCGCGGCUACUGCGCGGUCUUUGGCCUCGGUAGCACUGACUACGAGCGCUUCAACCGUAUGGGGCGCCGCACCUUCAAAAUGCUGGAGCAGAUCCAGUCCCAGCAAGCGCAAGCGGCGGCCACUUCAGCCUCCGCCUCGCCCGCCGCCCUCGCUUCCGGCUCGGCGCGGUUUCGCCUGCUCUGUCCGCUGGGGCUGGGCGACGGCGCCGGCGACGUGGGCGCGGAUUUCUCGCGAUGGCUUGAGGAGCUCUUCUUCCCUGCGCUGAAGACGCUGGUGGACGAGGGCGGCAGUCUGGAAGACACCCAGAACCCCGCGGAGGCCUCCGGCGCGUCCGCCGUGCUGGCAGAGGCCUCUCUCUCUCCGGCUUCUCCAGCCGCGCUGCGCUCGCUGUCGAGUGUCGGGGUGGCGGCAGGCGAGACCCCCGUCCUGCGGCGAAGGAGCUUCUCGCUCGACUUCCUGCAGAGAAGCGAUGAGGGCGAGGCGCAAGCAGAGGCCGGCGCCGAAGGCGACAAGGCCUUCCUUCCAAGCACCCCGAGCGCCAGCCUCUCGCGCGCCGCUUCCGCGAUCGGCGCUGCUGCAGUCGCAGGCAGUCUCUCAGAAGACGCGGCGAUUGCGAAGCUCCAGAAGAGGGUCGAGGCGUGGGCGAAGCGCCACACCGACGCCUCGUUCCGCCUGCUGGCGGGGCCCUCGGCGGAGGCGCUGCUUGCUGAGCAGAAGCGGGUGGAGGAGGAAGCUGCGGCGAAGGCAGGGAAGGCCUGGCUGGCGCCGUUCGCGCAGGUACCCCAUGGCACGAGCGCCAAGUUCUUCUUCUGCAUGGAGGAGAUGCCGGUGAAGGCCGUGCGCCAACUGCGGCAGCGCGUGACGCCCUGCACCUCCCCGCCUGCAGCCGCGGAGACCAGCCCCGCCCGUGGGGCGACGCGCCAGGCGCCGGGGCGGAAGGAGGCGCCUGUGGAGAGCACCGUUGAAGUCAACUUGGACAUCACCGACUUCCCCGCCGUUCAGUACCGCGCCGCCGAUACCAUGUACUGCCUGCACCGAAACGCCGCUGAGGAGAUCGCCUGGUGGCAUGGCUUCCUCGGCUUCAAAGACCAAGGCGUUGCGCUCUCUGACUACGUUCACUGGCUGCCGAGCGCCGCGGUGCUCGGCGCUUCGUUCGCGACUUCGUCCGCCGCUUCAUUGACGUACGCCGCCCCGUUUCCCACGCCCUGCACCCUCGAGGACGCUCUAGGUUUCUUCUGCAACCUGACAGGGCAGCUCCCCAAGUUCUCGCUCGCCACGUUGUCGCUGUGGAUCGAAGACCCCGAAGAACGGCAGCAGUGGCUUCGUCUCUGCUGUGACGAUCCUCAUGCCCAGCAGGUCUACGAGGCCUGCGUGAGAUCUCCACUGCUCACGCUGCGAGACCUUCUACCGACGCUUGCGCCGUCGUUCACUCGCCCGUUCGUCGAUCGCCUGCCUGCUGCUGGUGCCUCGCGCGCCGCGGAAGCGUCUCUGCAGACUCGCCAGCUGGGCCUUCUGCUGGCGCUCCUCUCCGCCGCGCACACCCCGCGGGCCUACACGAUCGCCUCCUCUCCCAAGGCCCUCGCACUCGAGCCCGGGGCGCGGUCGGUGUCGCUUUGCGUGGGACUCGUUUCCGAGAGGACAGACGGCCUCCAGUUCGCGGCGGCGUCGCUCGAGGAAAAGGGAUUCAAGAUCUUUGGAAGCCCUUCGGCCGUGCAUGAGGAGACGAGGCCCGCGCGGCUUCAGCAGGAGGAGCGACUCUUCCUCGGAGCGUGCUCAUCGUUCAUCACGCAGCAGCUGAGGCCGGGAGACGUCCUGAAGGCCCUGAUCAAGCCCUCGACGUUUCGCCUGCCUGCCGACGUCCGCACGCCCGUCAUCAUGGUCGCCGCGGGCACAGGCAUCGCCCCAUUUAUCGCGUUUCUGCGCGAGUUCGAGAGCCUCGGAGGCUGGCAAGGGCCUGUCGUGCUCUUCUUCGGCUGCCAGCGGGCGGACAAAGACUUCCUUUACCGCGACGAACUCCUCCGCUACGCGCAGGCAGACCCGGGCAGCCUCGCGGACAGCGCCGAGGCGCGGACGGCGAGCGACACGCCGCCCUCGAACGAAGAAGAAAGGGGCGUCGACUCGCACAAGAACAAGAAGAUUCUCACACACCUCUUGCUCGCCUUUUCGCGACAACCCGGGCAACCAAGGAAGUACGUGCAGGACAAGAUUCAGGAGGAGAAAGACCUCGUUUGGCGCCUCGUGCACGAGCGGAGGGGCAUCGUCUACAUCUGUGGGCGCAGCGCGAUGGCGGCCGGCGUGACGGAGGCACUCGUGCACGCAGCGGCGGAGAAGCUUGGAAACGACGAAGCCAGGGCGAAGGAGUUCGUCCACAACCUCCGUACAAACAAACGCAUCGUCGAAGAGGUCUGGGCCUAG